GUCCAAUAUCUGUCAAGCGAACAUUGUCAACAAAUAAAAAUCGAACUUUUAUUCCGUUCUCCGGUUACGUUUUAAUAAGAAACGCCUACACUCGUUACACCGCGAUGACAAUAAGCAAAGAGUUCCUCACGGAUCUCAAAGAGAAAUUCGAGAAGGUUCAGAAGGCGCUUCAACAGGAAAACAAAGUCGAUGACCCCGAAUCCAAUAGAAAUCCAUGCGACGAGUGCUACGAUGUCCUGAACGAGUCACUGGAAUACGUGCUCGGCGCACUUGAUGGUUUAGACAAUAGUUCAGAGGAUUUCGCUUGUUAUGAACUCAUUAAAGGAUAUAUCUACAAGGAACUCGGCAGACUGGACGUCGUGCUCAACAGAUCAUCAACUGCAGUUGGGCAUCUGAGUCAUUCCCUGGAAGUUUUAAAGGACCGACAGCAGGACCCAAACGCGGUGAUUCACUGUGUGGCUGCAUUGACCGAGUUGGGAUUGAACGCGGCGAAUCAAAAGAAGAAUGUCGACGCUCGACAACACCUUGAAACGGCAGAAAAAUUGUACAAGGACUUCAAGGCGACUGGCGAAACGCCAGUGACUAUUUUCGAAUUUCUGUCUUCCUCCGAUGACAUCGAGAAGAGGGAAGGGCGGGUCGAGCUAGGUAAGCUGUACACUCUAGUCACAUACUACUUAGCGCAGGUCCUAAGUCACUUGGAUGAAACUGAAAAGUCCGCCGUUUAUUGCCACAUCACGCUCAAGCGGCUGCUGGAGGCUGAUAACUACAAUGCUAUCGACUGGGCCUUAAACGCGGCUACCCUGUCCCAAUACUAUCUGACUCCGAAUCGGUUUACUGAAGCGCGACAUGUCCUGGCAGCUGCAACACACAUGCUACUCGAAUACGAGAAGAAAAUGGUCACUCCCGAGAUGAGCUUUGAUGAGGAGCAAGCGGUCCAGGAAACUUUCAACCACCGAUUCGCCGACAUUGCACGCUGCUGGACCAAAUACGCUCUGACGCUUUUAAUUGAGUCUCGGGAACGAUUGAUGUCGGAUGACACCACCCCUAGGAGCCCGCCGGUAUUGCCCGGCUACCAGUUUACCACCCUCCAGCUCCCGCCUUACGAAGUCACUGAUAAAUAUUGCCUGACGUUCGAGGACGCCAGGCAAGUUUACCAUUUCGCAAUGAAGUGGAUAGAGCGCUCGAAGCAGUAUUACAAUGCACAGCUGGAAGCAACGGAGUAUGCAGUGAUUAUAAGCGACGAAGCGGAUCUUUACAAGGUCCUGGCGUUCUUUGAGGAGGACCCCCAGAUUCAGUGUAAGUACUACAAGAAGCGAGCGGACCUGCUGGAGCACAUUAUAUCCCUGCUGAAUCCCACGUACUAUCUCAUGAUUUGCCGGCAAGCUUGGUACGACGCAGCCAUGUCGUAUUCAACAAUGAUGGACACUAAAAUGGACAUCCUCAAAGCGACUGAAGAUCCCACUCCCCACCAACGGAAGAAAAUCAACACCCUCUCGGAGAAAGCCAUCAAUCACCUAAAAUCCCUGAUCAACUCGUUCAACGAGAAGAGCAGCAUUCCCGACGACGAGAUGCACAUCUACUUGUGCGCGCACUUCUACAUUGGUCGACUCUUCUACAAAGUUUUAACGCCUGACCGCAAGCAACAGCUGAAAAACUUGCGGAACUCGUAUCGAUACUACGAGAAGUUUGUGCUGCUGUGCGAGGAGAACAAGGAGGCCGGCAGUAGGUUGAAGGCCGAGGUCGGAGUGUGUAAGGAAAUGUUGAGUCUGUUACCGGUUAAAAUUGAGAAUUUAGUUAAGGAAAUCGAGGAGGCGGAGAUGGGCACUGUCUAGGCGAUUCGAAAGGUAAAUCUAUUGCUGACGUCAGACUUUUUUAGACUUUAUUUUGUUAACCGCUAAUGUAUUUUGUGAAAUAUAUUUUUGGCUGUCAGUAUAUCGUUGAA